AUAACAACAAAAUUAUCAGAAACACAAUUCCUUCUUCUUCUUCUUCUUCUUCUUGUCUCCGAUGUCAGCCAUGGAUGUUAUGAUUCACUCUUCAAGCUUUCUCCUCCCUUGCGACGAAACUAGUACAGGGACGAGAUACGCUCUCGUUGUUCUGAACCAGAGUUUGCCACGAUUCACUCCUCUUCUCUGGGAACAUGAGCAGCAAAACUUCGUCUCUGUGCUGAUGGAGGCGCUAAUCGCAUCUACGACGAAUUGCCUCUCUUCUUCCCUAAUGAAGACGCUUUGGCCAUUCGAAACAGGUCCAACUUUCUGAAGCUGUAUCUCUCGCUCUCUUACUCUUUCUUCGGAUUUGAAGAUUAUUAUUCAAAUUUAGUGAUGGUUUAUUGGAAUAAUUAGUCUAAAUUUGAGCUGGAGAUAUUUUUUUUGUAUGAGUUCAUAGAUUCACCUUCUUCUUAUCUUUAUGUAUAUUACAUAGAGAAAGAUUUCAUGAAGAAGAACUUGUAUUUUAGGUAUAAGCCGGAUGUUAUCAAAGGAGAUAUGGAUUCUAUACGUCGUGACGUCCUCGACUUUUAUAUAAACUUGGGAACUAAGGUUAUAGAUGAAUCUCAUGAUCAAGACACCACAGAUCUUGAUAAAUGCAUUUUGUAUAUCCGUCACUCUACUUUGAAUCAAGAGACUUCCGGACUCCAGAUUCUUGCCACUGGAGCACUUGGAGGAAGAUUUGAUCAUGAAGCCGGUAAUCUCAACGUCUUAUAUCGAUAUCCAGAUACAAGGAUAGUCCUUUUAUCUGACGAUUGCCUCAUCCAACUCCUUCCAAAGACUCAUCGACAUGAAAUACAUAUUCAGUCUUCUCUAGAAGGGCCUCACUGUGGACUCAUACCCAUUGGAACUCCAUCUGCUAAAACCACAACCUCAGGGCUUCAAUGGGAUCUCAGCAACACUGAGAUGAGAUUUGGUGGGUUGAUAAGUACAUCCAACUUGGUUAAAGAAGAGAAAAUCACAGUCGAAUCGGAUUCGGAUCUUCUCUGGACUAUAUCCAUCAAGAAAACAGGACUUUCCAUACAAGACCAUACACCUUAGGCCCGGUAACAAAACACACUUUAGUAUAUUAUACGCUACUAUGAUGUUCCUGAUGCAACGAACUAGUUCAACAUUAUUGUGUUGAUUUGUUGUUCACUGUACUAGCUAAUAAUACUUGUACCAUUACUGUCGUUAUACAUUAAGAUGCUUUUUUCUUUGGUUCUGUCAUUGUUUAUGUGGGGCUUUGUUGAUUUGUCGUACUCAAAAUUGUGACUGGAUGUUGGUUAGAUAUUGGAAUCUACUUGUGCGGUAUAUGAGAAAAGACAAAAUUCAAAAGGUGAAUGACUACGAUUGAGCAUAUGUCAUCAACCAUAGUUCAGACAUUAGGCACCAUGCUUGACACGGUUGUUGUCUAGGGAUGGAGCUCUUGUCAUCGUCUCUGCUUCAAAUGAAACUUGCUAUUUGUUCUUUUAAAUCACUCUUCUUUAUGUUGGAUGAGCUCUUUAGAUCUAAUCUCUUUCCAUAUUAUAACAAGACCCAUGGCUUUCCUUAUAUUUUAGUAAUGGUCAACGACCACUGGCACUAAAGAGUGUAUACAUACUAACAUCAAAGAAGACA